AUGUUCAAACGAUUAGGAAAUAUGAUACUUUUAUGUUUGUCAAUAUCAAUUAUUGCUUUGUGUAAUGCUCAAGAGUUAGAAUCGAAGGAAAUGGUUGAGCAGUCUGGAUCGCCAACAAAUGAUGAAGAGCGACUACAGAAACAACAAGAAACUAUAGAAGCACUUAUGAAGGAAGUGGGUGACAUGGGGAUGCUCUUAGAGAACUAUAGACGCGUUAUUGUGAGCGGAAUUAAAGGAUCGAAUGAUGUUUGUGGAUUUAUUGAAGCCUUAAGUUCACCAAAUGAAGUUGAUGAUAAAACUAUUGAAAGUCAUGCAUUAAAUAACAAUGAUCUCGGUGUUAAUCUAUAUAAACAAUUUUUCCGGGAAAUUAAUGACCCAAUAAUGAAGACACAAAUAUUUGCAACUUUGGAAAAUCACCUUGACGACUGUUACAACAGCGAAACCCGUAAUGUUCUUUUUAAGCAGACCCAAAAGCGAGACAAGAGUCAAUUGCAGAAAAUCAGAUUCCAUUCGUGGGGUGGCAAACGCAACAGAGGAGCCCCAAAAAUUGUCAUUAGAACUCCAUUCUAUCCUUGGGGAGGCAAGAGAAGUGAGCAGAGUGAUAAUUCAACUUAAGGGAUU